AUUGCCAGGUCAAAAAUGUCGGGGAGUACAAGGUGGGAUGGAUGAAAGCUGAGGACCAAACCGUCUUAACUCUCCACAAACGCGUUAUCACGCAUAACUCCCGCAUCCGGGUCACUCAUGACGAGCAUCGAACCUGGACCCUCAAGAUCGUUCAGGUCCAAUUGGAAGACCAAGGAUGUUACAUGUGUCAGAUCAACACGGCAGUCAUGAUGAAACAAUCAGGGUGCCUGAACGUCUUGGUUCCUCCGGAUAUUGACUCGGCUCGAACCACCUCAGAUGUGACCGUGUCCGAGAGUCAAAAUGCCGUUCUCUUCUGCAAAGCUUACGGUCAACCCGUGCCAACCAUCACAUGGAGGAAAGAAAAUGGAAAGCAAUUCAUUAUCAAAGAUGGCUCGACUAAAAAGAAAGUUCAAGAAUACUCAGGAGAAGAGCUCCACCUCCACAAAAUCAAACGCCAAGAUAUGGGUGCCUUUAUGUGCAUAGCAAACAAUGGCGUGCCUCCAACCGUGAGUCAGAGGGUUGUGCUCAAUGUCAAUUUUGAGCCAACGAUUGAAAUCAAGAACCAAGUGGUGGGCUGUCCCGUGGGCAAAGAGGUGGUGCUUCAGUGUUCGGUUGAAGCUUACCCUAAUCCCCAUAACUAUUGGCAACGAUCCACAACGCAGGGAGGUGAUCAUGAGAUCAUCAUGGCUCCCAAUCACAGUCCGGACUUUGAGAUCACCAACCAGGUCAGCUCUUAUCGCUCGGAGAUGACCUUCAAAAUCAAGCGAUUCGCCAAGGCUGAUGCGGGUACCUACACGUGUAUCUCCACCAACUCCUUGGGUCGUAAAGAGGGGACGAUACGUCUCUAUGAAAUCAUUCAACAGACUGAUGCUCCCUGGAUUAGUUUCACCGAGUCCAGUUACUCCGCUGAGGAGAUUGAAGAGACCUAUGGUCAACGCAUAACCCAUGACAACAAACGUGAUCCAAUUCAAAACAUAUCGACAAAAGACACUUAUACUCUAAAUGAGAAGAGCCAUCCAGAUUCAAAGCAAAACGAGAAGAAAUCCCGCAAAGAUCGCAUGUUCGCAAAUUCAGAGCCAAAUCGCGGAAUCGCUUCAUGGAAUCUCAUCCUUUGGGUGAUCGCUCACUUUGCCCAUGUCAUUUGGAACAAUUAACAAAGGGGCUAGUUUGCUCAAAGAUACUCAAGUUUAAAUUUGUACCUUCAGUUUUGAUUCUGGCCCGAAAUGUUACUGACUCGAUCGACAUUCCAUUCAAUUCAUCUUACCCACUAACAGAUUGUCAUACCCCAACAACUUUGAGUUUUAGCUUGCAUAAUGUGCCAUUGUCAUCGUUACAUUGUUACCUUUAUUCUUAAGAUACCCUCGCAUUAAUUUGGAUAAGUUUCGUGUAUCCACUUUGAAAUAAACCCGACUUGAAAUACCCAAUUUGAGAUUCGCUUCAAAACCAAAGGUUGGGUAGUUUUUUUCUUUUCAACGUUCCGCACAUGUUCUUACAGUAGAGUUUUUAUGUCGCUUAAUUAAGAUAUGCAUUUGACAAUUUCUUGGAAAAAAUGAAUUCUGUAUUCCAACACUAGAAAGAGAGAAGUAUAAAAC